UGCAUGUAUAAACAAAUAAUGGAAGUAAAUUUUAAAACGAAAUGGUAUUUGUCAACAAUAAUAUUGAUCCAAACCGCUGGAGUGCUGAAUACUCUGGACUUCAAAAGGGGCAGUUCUACAUGUAAAUAUAACUUCUAUUUCGACAACCAAUCAAUGGACUGUAUGGAGUGUCCAUGGGGAAGUUUUGGGUUGAAUUGUUCACAAGAAUGCAUUUUGGGUUUCUAUGGCCGUCUUUGUCAGGUUGCUUGCGAAUGCAAAUCACAACAUUGUAAUCCUGUAAAUGGAUGCCAGAUAAAUGUUACUCAAAAAGUGUCCACAGAAGUUAUAAAGUCGAGACAACACACUGAACUAAUGUCAAGACGGUUAGAGACCUCCAUGGAUAUUUCAACACUGAACACGGCAACACAAUCAGAGACAUAUCUGGAUAAGUCAACGCUAGAAAUGGAGACUACAACAUCCAAACUUUCAUCAUCAUCAUCAUUUAUGAGUAAUAUUACUACAGUUCGGGAUCACGGACGUUUACCUCAAUCAAAAGCAUCAACCAGUAUAUUCGAAUUUUCUUCAUCGGAGAAGCCUAAGGAAAUAACAGAAUUUCCUACAUCUGUAAAACCCUCAACAUCAUCAUCAACAUCAUCAUCAACAGAUAAAACAAAACAGAACAAUCAUUGGAUGUUGGUUGCCUUAAUUCUGAUUGCUUUGAUAGCAGCAGCAUUUGUUGGUGGAGUUUUUAAUGCACUCAAACCUAAAUGUAGAAUGCCUGUUGUUUGUAAUGCAAGAAGUUCUAGUCAAGAUCACGCAAAUGUCAACGCUCAAAAGAUGAACAAAAAUAUUCAACAAAGAGAUACCCCAAGGACUUAUGAUGAAGAGACCCAAGACUAUGAUGAAAUUCAGAAAUCCCAACUAAAUGAACAAUUAAAUCCCGCUCAGUGUACCUCUAUCGAGUUCAGAAGCGAGAAUGCUGAAUCCGAACUUAGAUCUAGUAACUCACAAAAACAAAGCAUGUAUAAAAGGAUCUCGUUCAACUGUGAUUACAACAUCUUAUUGUUAAAACAAAGACAGAGUUGUGCUAUCUAUGAUCAUGACUGGCGUAGCACUGGGGCUAUUCUUGGUACUGAUGAAGAGUUUGUUACACUUACAGGAGGCGAAAGUUUGAAUCUACCCGGUACAGCUGAAGAUAAUAUUUUCCAAACUUUGACUCGUAACUUUGAUUUUAGCCGAAUCAAAGGAGAAGAAAGGCUUGAUUGUUCACUUGGAUUGAUCCGAUCUACUUCUGAAUCUCAACUCUCUGAAUUUAAAUUUGCUCCCAAUUUAAGAGAAAAUGGCUUUGACAAUUUAUCGAAUGAAGUAGGGCUUUAUUGUGAAAAAGAAUCUAUCGAAGUAGCAGAGAGACCAUAUAGCAUCUCACAAGAAAAUAUUCAGAGAGAAGUUCAAAUGAAUGAAGUAGAAGAAUUUAAACCAGAGAUGGAGAUAACACGAUUUUAGUUGUGUAGGAUGAUUUUCAAUAAUGUGUGUCUCAAUACUUUCAAAGUCAUCUGGGAAAUGUUUUAGAAUAAAAUUUGUUAAUCGCUGGAAUCGAAUCCUUGAAUUUGUUUCCCUUAACAGAAAGUAAACUAAAAAAAAAAAAAGAAAACAAUUUUAAUACACACUGUACAAUCACAUAAAUUAUUGAAAAUUUAUUUCAUUACAAAUAAAUUUUAUGGAGAGUAUACUUUUGUGCAUCGAUUCAAAUGGAAGUCAUACUCCGGAAAAUGAUUUAAACAUUACUCAAAAUAGUACAAGGAACACUCGAUAUUUGUUGUAUUUGAACUUUGUUCUA